AUGUCAGACCAAGACAUUGAUACAAAUGAAUACAGCAAAUUGCGAAGCAUCUACAAAUACUAUAUUGAUUCAUACAAUGCUUUGUAUCAGCUAAAAACGGAAAAAGAAGAAGAAUUAAACGAGAUAUACAAAAUGAUCAAAACAGAAUUGCUUGAUUCAAAGAAACAUCUGGCUCGAAAUGUUAUAAAAGACAUUUUAAAUUUCAUUCCGUAUAACAAUCGCUAUACAAAGUCGUAUUUAUCCCUUGCCAAACUCAUAUCGGAUGAUUACCAUGUCAACGAUGUCAACGACAUUCCAACUAUUUCAAACUUUCUAUUUUAUAAAGAAUAUGGAAUUAAAUUAGACGAAUCUGGUGAUUUCGACGAUAAUGAUGCAGAAAAUCUGGAUAUUCAUACAGAAAAUACAAUAUACAGAGCAAUUAUGUAUAAUGAUUUAGAAAAAUUCAUCGCAUUUACAGCAAGCAAAGGAUUUUAUAAAUAUCAAAGACUUAAAAGCAAUUUUUAUCCAUAUUCUAAUAAAGGAUAUUCAUUACUUGAAUUAUGUUGUUACCAUGGAGCUGUUGAUUGUUUCAAGUUAUUAAGAACGAAAUUUGACUCAAAAAUAACUCAAAAAUGUCUACAAUUUUCAUUUUUAGGAGGAAAUCCAGAGAUCAUGAGUGAAUGUUUGAAAUCUCAAAAACCAAAUAAAGAAUGCAUGAAAUAUGCAAUUAUUUCACACAACAUUGAUUUUGUUACAUUCUUGAUGAAUGAAUAUUAUAUAGAAAUCGAUUUAGAAUUUUGCGGAAUUUACAAUAAUCUUGAAGCAUUUUUGGUUUAUUUCGAUAAAUAUUAUAAAUAUAAGAUUGAUCAUUGCUUUAUUAAAUCGGCGAUAUUUGCUAUUCCAUCUCUUUGUGAAUAUUUCAUAUCACAAGGAGCAAAAAUCAAUAUUGUGAAUUGUGAUAAAAAACUGCUCUUCAUUAUGCAUCAGCAAGAAAUAGUAAAGAAAUGGCCGAACUUCUUCUUUCACAUGGUGCAAAUGUCAAUGCAAUAG